GCCUGCGCGCGCGCGGGUGUGCGCGCGCGCGUGUGUGUGUGUCUGGCGCGCGUCCAGGGUGAUUUCCCAUAAACCACAUGCCCCACGAGCUUAAAAGGCCGUGCCGAGGCGCCGGCCAGCGGAGCCCGGCUCGGGGAAAGUGAAAGUCUCCCUGGCUCCGCUGGCGCCGCCGCUCGCGCCGCGCUCCGGGGACACGGCGCGGCCCUCGGCCGGGGCGCGCACUCUGCAGCGAGCGAGGGCGGCCGACUCGCCGGGCCGGGACCCAGCUGCCCGUAUGACCGCGCGGGGUGCCGCCGGGCGCUGCCCUCCCACGACAUGGCUGGGCCCCUGGCUGCUGCUGGCUGGUCUCCUGGUGAGCAGGAGUGUCACCGAGGAAGUGCCAGAGAGCUGUAGUCACAUGAUCGGCAAUGGACACCUGCAGAACCUACAGAAGCUGAUUGACAGCCAGAUGGAGACCUCAUGCCAAAUUACCUUUGAGUUUGUCGACCAGGAGCAGCUGAAGGAUCCUGUGUGCUACUUGAAGAAGGCAUUUCUGCUGGUGCAGGACAUUCUGGAGGACACCAUGCGAUUCAAAGACAACACCCCCAACGCCAACGUCAUCAUGCAGCUCCAGGAACUGUCUCUGAAUCUCAAGAGCUGCUUCACCAAAGACUAUGAGGAGCAGGACAAGGCCUGUGUCCGAACUUUCAAUGAGACGCCCCUCCAGUUGCUGGAGAAGAUCAAGAAUGUUUUUAAUGAGACAAAGUAUCUCCUUAAAAAUGACUGGAAUGUUUUCAGCAAGAAUUGCAACAAGAGCUUUGCUAAAUGCUCCAGCCAAGAUGUGGUGACCAAGCCUGAUUGCAACUGCCUGUACCCCAAAGCCACCCCUAGCAGUGGCCCAGCCUCUGCCCUCCCUCUGCAGUCCCUCGCCCCCUCCAAGGCCCCUCUGGCCAGCUUGAGCAGGGCUGGUUCUCGGGGAACGGAAGACAAUUCCCUCUUGCCCAGUGAGCAGCCCCUUCACACAGCGGAUCCAGGCAGUGCCAAGCAGCGACCCCCCAGGAGUACCUGCCAGAGCUUUGAGACGCUGGAGUCCCCCAGCGUCGAGGGCGGCCCCACCGGAAGUUCACCUGGGCCAGGUCCGGGGCUAGAGGACGUUCUCAACUCUGUACUGGAUGCUAACUGGGAGCUGGAAGAGGCCUCUGGAGAGACAAGUGCGGGUCCUGACCCUCACCAGGCAGAGCUCUCCUCCUCGAGGCCAGCCGGAGGCAGUGUCCAGGCAGGGACAAUUGGCGCCAUCUACUCCCUCCACGAAGUAUCUGCACUCCCAGGAUCCACCAAGGGCCAGCAGCAGGCGGACGCUCCCAGCACCCUGACGCCUGGGGUGGGGUCCCUGAGACCCACAAGCCAGGCUCUGAAGCACAUGCCCCAGAAGACAGAUGGUUCAGUAGCCCUGCCCAGAGACCGCCGAGAUUCCGCCGGGACCUCGACCCUCGUCCCACCUGGCCUCGGCAGCCCCUCCACCCUGUCUGCCCAGCCGCACCUUUCCAGAAGCCCCACUCUGCCCCUCGGGGAGCUGGAGGGCAAGAGGAGCACCAGGGACCGGAGGAGCCCCACAGAGCUGGAAGGAGCACCAGCCGGCGCAGGCGGUGUCUGGCCCCCAGCCCGUUUUAACUCAGUUCCUUUGACUGACGCAGGCCGAGGCAGCCAGCCCGCAGGACUCUCCGACCCCCAACUCUCCAGCUUUGUCUUCCACCUCCUGGUGCCAGGCAUCAUCCUGGUCCUGCUCGCUGUUGGCGGCCUGCUCUUUUACAGGCGGAAGCGGCGGAGAGGAUCAUCACUCUCCCUGACUCCUCAGAGGGCCUCUCUUCUCUCCUGUCCCCAGAGCCACCAUCGGCAGCCUCAGACAGAGGAGUCCCCCAUGGAGCAACCUGAGGGCAGCCCCCUGACUCAGGAUGCAGACAGACAGGUGGAAGCACCAGUGUAGGGGAAUCUCAGCUGGGCACACAGGACCGUCUCUCCAUGGGAGAUGUUACAGGGGUGUCCACCCCCACUGCCCCAGCCAUUCUCCUGGGAAGGUGGCCCACCCGCCACAGGAGCUCCUGCCUGCCCCAGACUGUACCAGAGCAUCGUGGUGGGGUGCGGCCGCCCUCAGCCCUCACUCUGGACUCGAGGGGCCGGAGGAGGCCCCCCCAUGCUGCUGAUUGUUCUCGCAGGCCCCAGGGCCUCCCGGCCAGCGCUACCAACCAUCCUGUGCCCCUCCAGAGCCCCAGCCUCCUCCUGCCUCCUGCCCAGCCCGCCAGCCCGCAAAAGUGUGGGAGAGCAGGGUGGGUGCUGAGGUGCCCGAGGGCCCUGCGGGGAACCCAGAGAGCCGACAGUGAUGAGCAGGGACUUGUCUCCGGAGAGAGAAGCCUGAGCUCCACAAGGUGGGAUGGCGUUGGUCACGUCCAGCCAGGCCUCAGCCCCAUGGACGGAUGGAAGCAAGGGCUCCAGGGCCUGCUGCUCCGACACCACGAGGGACCCGCACCCUCUGCCUAGUGCCCUUUGUGGGGUGCCAGGUGACAGAGGAGGCCAGAUCUGCUCUCAGGACCUGCCUGGUGGGGGCUCGUGAUGCCAAGAGGGAAGUUCAAGCUGGGACCUCUGCCCCCGCCCCUCCCAGGCCUGGGCCUGCAGGCUGCCUGGAGACCACUGCACUGUGAAUACGGAACCUGCCUGCUGAGCGGCUGCCCGCUCCCCACCUGCUUCCUGUACCUGCCCGAGCCGACUGAAGGAGUCCCAGAGCCCUGCCCUGUGCCAGGAUGCCCUGUGCAGACGGGCAGGUGGGGAGAGCAAGCCUCCGGCCGGAGCAGGUCUUUCGGCUGCAUGUACACCCAGAUUUCUGCAUCUUGCACUUUGGCAUUCCCAAGAGGGGAGUGAUGAGUGAGAGGGCACUGGGUGGGGGUGAGGAGUGGGUGGACGCAGGGGGCACUCUGACUGAAAUGCAUCUUUGAAAUGGAGGAAGUGCCCCUGAGGUGGAGGGGGAGGCCUGUGCACCCCUGAUGCCGCCUGAUUUUUCUGGGACCCAGCCUCUGGCCCAACCAUAGCUCAACCAUGCCCAACCAUGGCAACAGGUACCCGGGUAGUCUCAGUAUGGGCUGAGAGACAGGAGUGCACCCCACCUCAUCUGCACAGCUCCCCACUCCCCAUUCCGAAUUCUCACUCUUGUCUUGCCCAGCCCCAGCAGGCAGCAAUGCUACCAGCUGUCUCCAAAGCCCCACUGUUCCACCUCUCAGGUUGCACAAGGGUGGGGAGGGCCCAGGAGGCACUGCCUAGAGCCUCUACUUCUGGCCAGCCCAAGGCCUCCAUGGGGAGAGCAGGGCUGGGGGUCAUGGGGUAGUCCCUUGUGCUGCUGAGUCACCUCCUCAACUGCUGCCUGGGGCUUUCCUCUGAGGGCCCCUGCCCUCCCUGGCUCUGGGUCAUGCCCUUCCCUUGCUGCCCUAGAAAGUGAGGGUUCCCCUGCCCCCCACUGCCCUAGCCCUGCUGCUGACAGCUGAGAGAAGGGCAGCAGAGAAGGUUCCCUGUGGAGGCCUUCUGAUCACGGACUCUCUUGGAUGUGGAAUAAAUGUGUUUGGAAAUGGAAGGGAAAAAAACCAGGACUGGGGAUGAGGGAAGACGUUAUUCCCUCCCUCCCUUUAGACAAAUAGUAUUUUAAAAGCAACUCCACCCCAUUGCAGAAGCUCUCUGGGCACUCAGCAGCUCAAGAGCGAGCAGGGGACACCCCCAAUGCCGGCACAGGAACCCCCUCUUGCCUCCGAGAAAGCCAGAGGGAAUAUUGACUCACACACUGUGAGAAUUGUUUUUAUACUUGGAAGCGAUGAAUUAUUUUAUAUAAAGUCAUUUAAAUAUCUAUUUAAAAAAUAGGAAGCUGCUUAUAUAUUUAAUAAUAAAAGAAGUGCACAAGCUGC